AUGUAUACGCUCCGCAAUCUCGAAAGCCACCGCCUCGGCCACGGCCAGUCCAUCUACGUCACCGAGAUUGCGCGCACCACCGCCGGCCUGGCGGCCAUCUCGACGGACAAUGUGCUCUCGCUGCUCGACCCCACGCGCCUCAGCGACGGGCCCAUUGCCUCGUGGCAGGCGGCGCACGGCGCGAGCGUGACGGCGAUGCGGGUGCUGACCAGCGGGCUGGUGUGCACGGCGGGCGAGGACGGCACGGUCGCGCUGUGGGAUCCCAAGAUGAAGGGUGCCUCGGCCAAGGUGGCCCAUUUCAAGGCGAGCGAAGCGCCUAUUCUGUCCCUUGCAUGCAGCCAGGAAACCAAUACAAUCGCUGUGGGCACGGAACUGAAAGACCACAUGGCUUCCAUAUAUCUCUGGGACAUUGGCACCGCCUCCACACCCAAGGCACACUAUCAAGAGGUUCACAGCGACGACGUGACCGAGCUCAACUUUCACCGCAGGCAGCCUACGCUUCUCCUCUCGGGGUCGACCGACGGCCUCGUCAGCGUGCACGACACGCGCAUCGCCGACGAGGACGAGGUGACGGUGCAGACGUUCAACCACGGCGCCUCGAUCCACCACGCCGCGUUCCUCGGGAACUCGAGCGAGGUGUUUGCCCUCUCGCACGAUGAGCGCUUUGCCCUCUACGAUGCGGCCGAGGAGACGCUCGGCGGCGACGCGACGCAUGAUUUUGGCGACUUGCGAGAGGUCCUGGGGUGCCAGUAUGUGGCCAACGUGACGCCAAAGACGGAUGGUGGUGCCGUCCUGGGAGUGGGUUCACAAGAUAGAAAAAUCUUUGAGCUCCAUUCAUUGAUCAAAUACCGCGGCCAGAGGUGGACGCCUGUGCAGAACAGUGUUGGGUUGCCGGGAGCCCACGGAGAAGAUAUUGUGCGAUCGUUUUGCUUCUUUGACCAAGAGGAAGUCGUAUUCACCGCCGGAGAAGACGGCUACGUCCGAGGAUGGGGGCAGGAGGGUUAG